CGAUACCCCCAACCCCAACCCCACUUUGGGCAUCUUAGCUAACUAGCUGUGUGUUUAUUAGCUGGCUAGCUAACUAGCCAGUCUGUCUCGUAUUAUCAGAAGGUUGUGUUUUUUCAUGUGAGAACUCGUAUAUCUGUGUCACAUAUUCAUUGUAAAAGUACGUUAUUUUAUCUUGUCACUGGUGUUUGUUUACCUCUGUUAAGUUUCGUCCACGUCUACUCCUAGCUACCGCUUAGCUAACUAGCUGUGGUGUAGGAAGGGGUACGCUAGCUAGUAGCGCUUAAUCUAAACAAAAGUGUUGCCAGCUAGCCACCUGUCAUAUAUCUCAAAAGUGCUGGCUAAUAUGAAGCUGUACUCGUUUUCGUAGAUGCCAGUACCGGUGCACGUUUCAACUGUUCUUAUUUGAGUAUAAGACGUUUGUUGAACCGUUAGCUAGCUAGUAACGUAACGUGAAGAACGGUGGCUACAGUGCCGUGCAGGUUUUGGGGAUGGCGGGUACAGGUACCUCAGCCGAUGGGAACACCCAAGACCUAGAUAUCUACGAUGACAAUUUCAACCACAACGGAGAGGAUGAGAUGAAUGAUCUUUAUGACGACGUCCUCACGGGUUCUGUGAGUCGGGAGAGACUUCCUAAUGAGACCGUCCCUUCCAAGAAAGACGACAGGCCAACGAAGGAGGAAGUUAGCGCAACAUCAAUACUGAACACUCGCAGUGCUGCACCAACCAAAAGACUGGCAGUCUAUGUAGGCAACUUCUCCUGGUGGACCUCAGAUACAGAUUUGACUACCAUGGCCCAGACUCUGGGGGUCAAGGACAUUGUCGAGAUCAAAUUUGCAGAGAACAGAGCCAAUGGCCAGUCUAGAGGAUAUGCUGAGGUUGUGGUGGCCACAGAAGAGUCAUUGCAGAAAUUGCUGGAGGCGCUACCCUACUGUCAAAUGAAUGGGGAGAAGGUGGACUGUCGCUUUGCCACUCGACAGAAUCUUGCUGUGUUCGAGGCCAUGGCCAACAAACGUGUCCCCCAGCGGGCUAACUCGAAGGAGUCCACAGACUCGACAGAUAAACAUCCUUCCGCGCCGUCUCUGGAGCCCAACUCCAUCCCUCACAUACCUCCUCCCCCACACCACCUCCCCAACAGGCCCCCUCCGCUGUCCGUUCCCUUCUUCAGCCGGCCUCCUCCACUCUUUCCCCUCCUCCCACCACACAUCCCACCUCCCAGCAUGCCCCACUUGUUCCCCCCACCACCCCUCCACCUGCACAGCCAGCCGCCCCCCUCCAGCCUCCAUCUGAACCCAGCCUUCUUUCCUCCAGCACACGACAGCUACAGCACAACCUCAGCCUACAGCCGACUCAACCGGGACAGCGACGCCCCUACACCCCUGGUUCCAGAUGGGGAGUUUGAGGAGCUGAUGAACAGGAAUAGAGCCAUAGCCAGCAGUGCCAUCACCAAGGCUGUGUCUGGGGCAACGGCAGGAGACCUGCGUGUGGCCAUGGAAACACUUCUAACGGCCAUCGCUGUCAUUAAACAGUCCAGAGUGUUCGGAGAUGAGCGAUGUCAAACCCUGGUCACCUCACUUAAAGACUGCCUUGUCUCCAUUCAAGCAAACUUUGGCACCAGGAAAAGACAUCGUUCCAGAGAGAGGGAGAGAGACCGUGACAGGGAGCGAGAUCGUGAGCGGGAAAGGGACAGGGACCGAGAGGACUUCUACAGCCAGGGUUGGGAGUCUGCUGGGAUGUCACGACGACACAGAGAGCGUUCCUCAAGUGGGGAGCGAGACAGAGAGAGGCUGCGAGAACGAGACAGGCACCGGGACCAUCGAGAGAGACACCGCUAAUAGCUAGGACUUUGCAGGCUGAGACUGUUCGUCAGGCUGGGUACAGGUUGAAGCAGCUCCUACUGCUUAGAAACCUUAAAUAAUGGAGUGUAAUAGAACAGAAUUAUGGAGACAACGUGAAUGUCCGUAGCUCUCCUUGUCCCCACAAUCUGACAGAGGUCCCAGAAGAUCCCCUUUCGAUCACCUAUAUCAACAUCUCGUCCCGUUCCAGUUCUCUGUUUCAGCAUCACCUUGUCCCUUAUGUUUCUCUCACUCACUUACUGAUGUAACUAUUGUUUGAUAAAUCUUUUUUAGAGUUGUGGCAGGAAACCAUUGCUGUUCGCCACACCUGGAUGCAUUGGUUUUUUUUUAUAUAUAUAUUUUACAGUGUCAUGUAUGUUUUUCAUCUGUCCCCAUUCUUUUGUAUAAGAAAUUGAGAAAUAAAAAGGUUGUUAAAUUGAA